AUGUGGACCGCGGGGCACCUUCGCCGCGGAGUCCCCCAGGCGCGGCUGGAGCCGGUGUCCGGCGGGGCCCUCGCCGCUCGGAGCGGGGCCGGGAAGUCAGGCGGGCGCGGGGUGAGCGUGCCCGGGAGCGCGGUCCGGGCGCCCGCCUCCUUCCCUCCGAGUCCGCGAGCUCGGCCCCCAGACCGGCUGUGCGCGGCGGGUGCAGGCCCCGGGGGCGGCGUGCGGGGCUGCGCCGGCGCGGUUGCAGCCUCCGAAAUAAACAAGUGCGGCGCCCCCAGGCCCGCUCGGAGGCUGCGGGGCGCUCCGGCUGCGCUCGCCACUCGUCCGGGCGGGGCGAAACUUUCCCGGGCGAGUUCGCCCCCGGGGUUCCGGUCCUCUGUGGAGCUCGGUUCCCGAGGAGCGGAGCCGCGGCUUGGAGCUUUCCCAAGGAACGAGCCCGCGCCCCUCGCUCUCCCCUCGGCGCUUUGUGGGGAGGGCGUCCGCGUCCGGGCCGGCGGCGCGGUGCCGGAGCCCGGCGGGCGGGCGGCGGCGGCGCGCGGGGCUGGAGCGGGCGCCGCGGCGGGAGGCGCGUUCCGCUCGGCGGCCCCGCGAAGCCACGACCGCGGGCUGCGCCCCUGCUGCCGGCGAGCGCUGGCCGGGGGAGCGGGGCCGCGGCGCUCCGACCUGCUGUCCCCCGCAGCCUGGCCGGGGGACUCCCCGCCCGCCCCCCAGCCCCUCCCGCUGGGCAAGACCCGAGGACACCCACCCUUUCAGGCCCAUAAUGGGGAUCUUACAGCCCGGGAGACCUGCAAGGCUGGAUUCUCCGAAGAAGACUACACGGCACUAAUCUCGGAGAAUAUUCUGGAAGGAGAGAAGCUUCUCAAAGUCUCGUUCAGCAGCUGUCUGGGGACCAAGGGGACCCAGUAUGAGACCAACAGCGUGGACUUCAAAGUGAGGGCGGACGGGACCGUCUUUGCCACCCGGGAGCUGCGGAUCCCCUCCGAGCAGGUGGCCUUCACCGUGACCGCGUGGGACGGCCAGACGGCCAAGCGAUGGGACGCCGUGGUGCGGCUGUUGGUGGCCCAGCCCUCGUCUGCGCGCCCAGCACACAAGAAAGGGAAGCCGAGUGCAGGUCUGGACGCCUCUCAGCCUCCGAAUGACACGCUGUUGCCGUGGCCCCAGCACCAGAAUGCCAACGGGCUGAGGAGACAGAAACGAGACUGGGUCAUCCCACCCAUCAACGUGCCGGAAAAUUCCCGCGGGCCCUUCCCACAGCAGCUGGUGCGGAUCCGGUCCGACAAAGACAACGACAUCCCCAUCCGGUACAGCAUCACGGGGGUGGGUGCCGACCAGCCCCCCAUGGAGGUCUUCAGCAUCGACUCCAUGUCUGGACGCAUGUAUGUCACUAGGCCCAUGGACCGGGAGGAGCGAGCCUCCUACCACCUCAGAGCCCACGCCGUGGACAUGAACGGCAACAAGGUGGAGAACCCCAUCGACCUGUACAUCUACGUCAUCGACAUGAAUGACAACCGUCCCGAGUUCGUCAACCAGGUGUACAACGGCUCUGUGGACGAAGGCUCCAAGCCAGGCACCUACGUGAUGACGGUCACGGCCAAUGACGCUGACGACAGCACCACGGCCAACGGGAUGGUGCGGUACCGGAUCGUGACCCAGACCCCACAAAGCCCAUCCCAGAACAUGUUCACCAUCAACAGCGAGACGGGGGACAUUGUGACGGUGGCAGCUGGCCUGGACCGAGAGAAAGUGCAGCAGUACACAGUCAUUGUCCAGGCCACAGACAUGGAAGGGAACCUCAACUACGGCCUGUCGAACACGGCCACGGCCAUCAUCUCGGUGACGGACGUGAACGACAACCCGCCGGAGUUCACCACGAGCACGUACGCAGGGGAGGUACCCGAAAACCAGGUGGAGGUGGUGGUCGCAAACCUGACCGUGAUGGACCGAGACCAGCCCCACUCGCCAAACUGGAACGCCUUCUACCGCAUCAUCAGCGGGGACCCCUCGGGGCACUUCAGCAUCCGCACGGACCCCGUCACCAACGAGGGCAUGGUCACCGUGGUCAAGGCAGUCGACUACGAGCUGAACAGAGCGUUCAUGCUGACCGUGAUGGUGUCCAACCAGGCGCCCCUGGCCAGUGGGAUCCAGAUGUCCUUCCAGUCUACGGCAGGGGUGACCAUCUCCGUCGUGGACAUCAACGAGGCGCCCUACUUCCCCUCGAACCACAAGCUGAUCCGCCUGGAGGAGGGCGUGCCCACCGGCACCGUACUGACCACGUUUUCGGCAGUGGACCCCGACCGGUUCAUGCAGCAGGCCGUGAGAUACUCCAAACUGUCGGACCCAGCAAACUGGCUGCACAUUAAUGCCACCAACGGUCAGAUCACCACGGCAGCCGUCCUUGACCGAGAAUCCCUCUCCAUCAAAAACAACGUCUACGAGGCCACCUUCCUGGCAGCUGACAACGGGAUCCCCCCUGCUAGCGGCACCGGGACCCUCCAGAUCUAUCUAAUCGACAUCAAUGACAACGCCCCCGAGCUGCUGCCCAAGGAGGCACAGAUCUGUGAGAAGCCCAGCCUGAACGCCAUCAACAUCACCGCGGCCGAUGCCGACGUUGACCCCAACAUUGGCCCCUAUGUCUUCGAGCUGCCCUUUGCCCCGGCCGCCGUGCGGAAGAACUGGACCAUCACCCGCCUGAACGGUGACUAUGCUCAGCUGAGCCUGCGUAUCCUCUACCUGGAGGCUGGAAUGUACGAUGUCCCCAUCAUCGUCACAGACUCGGGGAACCCUCCGCUGUCCAACACGUCCGUUAUCAAGGUCAAGGUGUGCCCGUGCGACGAGAACGGCGACUGCACCACGGUUGGCGCCGUGGCGGCGGCUGGUCUGGGCACCAGCGCCAUCGUGGCCAUCCUCAUCUGCGUCGUCAUCCUGCUCACCAUGGUCCUGCUGUUCGUGGUGUGGAUGAAGCGGCGGGAGAAGGAGCGCCACACCAAGCAGCUGCUCAUCGACCCCGAGGACGACGUGCGUGACAACAUCCUCAAGUACGACGAGGAAGGGGGCGGCGAGGAGGACCAGGACUACGACCUCAGCCAGCUGCAGCAGCCGGAGUCCAUGGAGCACGUGCUGAGCAAGGCCCCGGGGGUGCGGCGGGUGGACGAGCGGCCCGUGGGCGCCGAGCCUCAGUACCCGGUCAGGCCCGUGGUGCCGCACCCGGGAGACAUCGGGGACUUCAUCACCGAGGGCCUCCGAGCCGCCGACAAUGACCCCACAGCUCCCCCCUACGACUCCCUGCUGGUCUUCGACUACGAAGGCAGCGGCUCCACCGCGGGCUCCGUCAGCUCCCUCAACUCGUCCAGCUCCGGGGACCAAGACUACGAUUACCUGAACGACUGGGGGCCCAGGUUCAAGAAGCUGGCGGACAUAGACAACUGUCACCCCAAACUCCACCCAAGUCCCCGUUGCCUUUGGUCCGGAAGAAUACAGCGUCCCAAGAAGCCACAGCCCGAACCAGCCAGCAUCCCCGAAAACCCUGCCAUGAGCCCUCCGCCCCUCGCAACUGGAUUCCCGAAGGACCCCGUCAGAGGCCCAGCCCCCGAGAACCGGACACAUCCGUGAGGGCCGUGCGGACGGCAGGCAGGGCCGGGAACCCGCACAAGCCACAGCCCUUCUGCAUCGGAGUCUCCGAUGCUCCUGAGCUCACAUGCACAGCAAAGACCUGCUCCAAGUGGCCAGGCUGCCCUGACAUUGCUGUGCCAUGGGUCCCACAGAUGUGUCUGGACGGCACCCACCUGAAACAGCAGCCCAUCUCCUUUCCUUUGGACCCAGCUCAGCCCCGAGCAGCUGCUCAGACUCCCGAGAGUUGCAACAGCCCUUUGCACAGGCAGGUCCGACGUAUACACCAGACUCGAGAGUCAGUUCCGCAGGACGUGAAAGGCGCCGUGUCCCCGGGGCCCACUGGGGAGACCCCAACGCGUUUGUUCUCUGGGUGAGAAGAGGCUCCUUGGUCCCCGGUGGGAGAAGACAGCCUCGCGGGAGAACCCUGGUCUACUCACAGGCUCCCCAAGAAAGGGGCCGAAGGGUGCACUGGCUGUGGGCGGGACUUGGCGCUGGGGUGCCCUCGGGGAAGCUGGCUUGCCUCGGUUUCCCACCCUGGAGCCUCGAGGAAAAGCUUCAAGGGCUUGGGGAGGUGGGGAGGGCUAGGGCUCAGCUUGCUGUCCGUGCUGUCCGUCUGGUUGUCUUUGAUGCAGUCUCAGCCUAUGGCCUGUCCCCCUGCCUGGGGUCACCCUCUUUUCCAAACAGCUUUGGCCUCAGAGGUGUACGUGGGGGCGUGUGUGUGUGUGUGCGCGCGCGCAGUGGGUCUGGGUUUGUCCCCACCGGACGGCAGGCUUCCUCCGCGUGCCAAACUCCUUGCCAACUCCGCCGUUCUCCCAGAGCUGAGCUGGGGCCGUGAGCACUGGUGUGUGGCCGGCUGGUGGUGAGGCUGAAGUGGGUUCUGCCCCUGACCCCCUCCCCCUGCCUGGGGAGGAAGGGAGGGACAAAGACAGUGACUGUGUCACACGCUGGAAGCCCUGUCUAUGCAGACGGCAGUCUCGGGGGGGAGGGGCUGUAAAGGGGGACUAGGACCGCUGUCCAAAGCCGAGAGCUAUGCAGAUGCCUCGGGGCCAGGCAAGGACUGUCCCUGUGUCUGGGGACGUGGCCAUUCGAGGGAUUGCUGGUGGGGUCAGGACUGAUGGAGGCGAGUUGGAAUCUUGUGUGUUUUGUUGUUUUUGGAAAGUUCAUCCACCUGUUGAACUUCUAAGUGUGAACACGGUCCGGGCACUGAGGCAGCCGUGGAUUCUCCUCUGAAAUCCCGACUCUCUCGGGUUUCCGGGGCCCUGGGCUUCCUCAGGGACGGACGUGCCAGGCCCGGCCCAGGACCCGGCCUCCUGCACACCGGUCCCGUGGAUCCCAGCACAGGUGCCUGUCUCCCCUGCCUCCUCGCCCCACACCCCUGCCCCUCACUGCCACCCGGCCCCUGAUGCAGUUUGCCUAAAUCCUGCAGGCUGAGGCUGUGGCCGCCAGCUGGGCGGAUGUUGACGGGGGACUUCUCACACCCAUCCCUGCCUCCAAAUGUCUAGACAGCUGCCCCUCUCGCUCGCCCCUGCAGUCCUCGGGGGCCAGAGAAAGAUGGGGUUCCCCUGCCCUCCCACAUCCGCCUCGGAACAGGUUCCGAGGUCAAGCUAGCAUUAGCUAAGUGUGCAAGCAGCAUCAGACGCCUCUCUCACGGACCCCACGUGCCCGUGAUCGGGGCCACGGAGGCCCAGACUCGGCACUGGCAAAGUGCUAGGGCACAGUUUCGUUUCUGUAGGGAAUUUCGUUCUGGGAACAGGACACACCUGCACCGUAGGGUAGAGGCGAGAACGCGGCCGUGGUCGGCGGGCACCCCGGCCGAGGACCCCCGCAUCUGUCUGGGCCUCCCAGACAGCCAAACGUCAGGGCCUCGCGAUGCCUCAGUUUCCCUAGCGUGAGCACCGGCUGAUGCACGGGGCGCCUCUGUCCUCUCCAAGGUACAAAGUUAGGGGAGGGGAGUCUCACUCUUUGUCAGUGCUAGAAAAGGCACCAAAAAACCCCGCAAGGUCUCGCGUAGACAGCGCCACACCCAGCGCGUCCUGCGGAAGCGCUCGCACGGCCCGGCGCGCACGUAAGACAGGUUCUGCCCAGCGGGGAGCCUCCUCUGUGUAUAAUUGGAACGCGUUUUACUUUUCCUUUUCUCUCCUUUUUCCAUUCUGAUUUUUGUUUUUUGCAUGUUUCUUUUUGAAAAUGGACAAAAUGUGUAGCAGCCCGCAUGACUGUGGUUGUUUUGGGGAAAGAUACCGGAGUAUGACGUGUCCCCACUGCAACUCUGAGCACCGUGGAGUUAGGCAGACGCCCCAACUUUUUUUGUAACCGUCAACAGCACAACUAUUUUGUAUUGUUGUUUGUAUCAUUUUGUACCAAAAAAGCAAAAACAAAAACAAAAACAAAAAAAGCCAAGGGAAAAAAAAAAGGGAAGAGCGUCGAUGUUUUCUCAAUGUGUUUUUAGUGCCCGGCAGUCUUGGUUCCAAACUGAGUAGCGGCUUUGCGGAGCUGCCCUGUGCUGGAGCGGAGUCGGGGCCCUGGCACACUGCUCCAGACGAGUAAAUAAAGUCCCGUUUUAAAUA